GUACAGCAUGAUCGCAGCUCUGAAGAAACAGUCGAGCGGCUUUUUGUGGUAUCCACAAUGCAGGAUCUGUUCACAAUUUUCCAUAAUACCUACGAUUUAGAGUUAUUCCAAUCAGAAUUCGCUUCAAAUCGGAGUGUUAUAGAGGAUAUUUUAUACUCGGAUUCACAACCUCCGCCAGGACACAGCAUUUUUUUUCACGAAACCAGCUGCACUUAUCCAAAUUCACAUUUCCAUAUCAUGAAUCUGACGGCACGUCAAGCCUGUGCCAUAGAAUCUGCUGCUCUGAACAAUCCCAAUCUGCAAGUCUUCACUCUGUUUUCCUGUCCCACUUACCGUCCACUUUUCGGCCGUCAAAAACUUCUCGUCGAUGCCAUUGAGAGCUAUAAGAAUGUGAACUUCCGUCACUUGAGUGUUAGGAACUAUGCUAAGGGCACUCCCAUUGAGGAAUGGGUCAGAAAAGGCGAUUUGCUUUCCUCUAGCUAUCCGAUGCAACACAAAUCUGACUUGCUCCGUCUCAUAAGUCUUUAUCGGUUUGGGGGCAUCUAUCUAGACUUGGAUGUUGUCGUCCUGCGAAGUUUGGAGAAAUUGCCUUUGAACUAUGUGGGAGCCCAUGAUAAUACCACUCUGGGCAACGCAGUCAUCAGUCUAGCACCCGAUGGAAUGGGUCAUGAGGUUGCUGAACUGUUUUUGCAGCGCUAUCAAAAACACUUUAAUGGUAAAUCUUAUGUACAAAAUGGACCGGCCCUUGUAACUGAAGUCCUGAAAAAAUUUUGUGGCAACAGCCUCAUCAAGGCCAUGCAGGACGGUCGCGAGAGCUGCAAAGGAUUUAGAAUUUUCAAUUCGACUGCGUUUUAUUCAAUUCCUUGGCCGGAGUGGACACAUUUCACUGAGCCUAAAUAUCUGGAGGAAACUAUGGCAAGAACUAAAGAUUCGUUUCUCAUACACAUAUGGAACAAGGCAUCCAGUGUAGGCCGCGUCGAAGUCGGCUCUAAUAGUGCGUAUGAAAAGUAUGCGGAAAAGCAUUGUCCCAGGACCUAUGCGGCAGCUGGUGAUUAUAUCUAAGACGUUUCAUUUAGCUUUAAGUUACUCGAUUUGAAAUAGCUCAGUGCUU